AUGGCUGCCUGGGACAACGGCUCCGGUGGCGGGGCCUGGGAGUCCCAGACUACUGGUGGCGACCAGUGGAACAGCUCGGGCAAUGCCGGAGCUAGCAAUGAGUGGAAUGACAGCACUAAUGCUGGUGGAGCUGCUGCCGACAAUCAGUGGAACGACGGCGGCGAUGCUGGCGGUGCCGGCGAUGCCGGCGGUGGCAAUGGCUUUGGUGCUGCCGACGACGGCGGCAAUGGUGGCAACGAUGACAAAUGCUUCAACUGCGGCGAGGCUGGUCACAACAAGGCGGACUGCACCAAGCCGAGGGUCUUCGAUGGCACUUGCCGCGUCUGCAACAAGGAGGGCCACAUCGGCCGUGAUUGCCCUGACCGCCCUCCCAUGCAGUGCCGCUCGUGUGGUGAGGACGGCCAUAUGUCCAAGGACUGCCCCAGCAAGACGUGCCCCAACUGCAAGGAGCCGGGCCACACUGCUGCCGAGUGCGAGGCUGCUCGAUUCAUUGACCGCUCUGAUGCCCCGGACAUGGAGGCGUCUGCUGCUCUUGAUCUGAUCCGGGAGGCCGUCGACGACUCCGACAUGUUCUCUGUCAAAGAGGGACUCAAGGCCUACCUCAAGGCCAAUCCGGAUACCAACUAUGUCGCCAUGGAGCAGAUCCUCCGUAAGGAGAACAUUGGCCUCUACUUCAUCGCUUUGGCCAAGGAGCUUCCCGUUGGCAUGGUCAACAUGGAUCUUCAGGGAAACUUGGACAAGAAGCACACGAUCUCGCUGCGCUUCAGCGACAAGUGCCCUCGUCCCCGCGAGCGCGACUUCUGGCCGAAGGACACUGCUGACAACCUUGAGCGGCUCGAGGACGCUGGCGAUCUGGUCCACUCCCAUCUCCCUCGUUGCCGUAACUGUGAGGAGCUUGGACACGAGACUCGUGACUGUCCCCAGGACAAAGUUGAGCGACAGCAGCUGGUCAUUGAGUGCAUCAACUGCAACGAGCCGGGACACCGUUCCCGCGACUGCCCUCAAGCUCGUGUCGACAAGUUUGCCUGCAAGAACUGCGGCAAGUCGGGUCACACGUCCAAGGAGUGCGAGGAGGAGCGUGUCUGCCCGCCGGACAUGGAGUGCCGCAAGUGCGGUGAGUGUGGUCACUUUGCCAAGGACUGCCCGAAGGGCGGCGGCAACGGAUGCCGCAACUGUGGCCAGGAGGGCCACAUGUCUCGGGACUGCACCGAGCCCAAGAACAUGGCCAAUGUCCAGUGCCGUAACUGCGACGAGUUCGGCCACGUGAGCAAGGAGUGCCCGAAGCCGCGGGAUAUCUCUCGCGUCAAGUGCAGCAACUGCCAGGAGAUGGGCCACUUCAAGUCCAAGUGUACCAAGCCGCACGUUGACGAUGAUGCCGGCAUGGGAGGCUUCGACAAUGGUGCUGCUGAUGGUUUCGACAAUGGUGCUGCUGGUGGUGACAACGACUGGAACACUGGCAACGCUGGACAGAGCAAUGACUGGCAGACGGGCGCUGGAAACACUGCAGCCCCGGGCGCCGAUGCCGACUCCUGGAAGACCUCUGGCGGCGGCGUCUCUGCCUGGUAGCUGCAAAGCCAGCCACAGCUCUCUCUUCAGCACUCGCUCUCCAGCGCUUGGGCUGCUUUCUAGGAGGGACUGUGUUAGGCAGAUACGUUCAUCGCUGGAC